CAUUAUAUUUUAGUCAUAUUUCAAAUUUCACUUAAAAUAAAGUAGAGGAGACCAACCUUAACCUAAACCAAAGCCGCAACUCUCCCGGCAAAUCAACCAUCUCUGUUUUCAUCUUCUCCAUCGGCAUGGGCGGAAGUUCUCGCAAUAAUUUGGCCGCCAGAACUAAUUUCUUCGGGAAGCGAGUACGAGGGGCAAAAUCUGAGAGGGAGUCCAAACAGCCUCCGAAGAAAUCUAAGGAAAGAUCCGAGGAUAAGGAGAAAACACUAGGUUUUGCUGAUAAUCUCGUCCAGGAGGUCAAAGGAGGGGUCGAGUUGUUGGAGACAAUGUCUGAGGCUAAUUUAGUUCCAGUUAAGGACACAAUGGAAGGACUCGAUGAAACUCCCCAUUUUGUUGAGGGAGUUUCCGAAAGAAAAAAGACGCUCAUUGUUGACAAUAUUUCUGCCCAAGCCAAAAUACCAGAGCUCAUCAAUUUCUUCAAAGAUGAUGGAGAAGUUGUUCGUGUUCGAAUAUUUGUAAACCGUAAGGGCUCUAAUCUUGGCUUUGGCUCUGUUGAGUUUGCCUCUGCUAAUGAAGCAAAGACGGCACAGGAAAAGAAGAAUGGAGAAUAUUUGCGUGGGGAGAAAAUUACUCUUGGCUUGGCAAAGACAACUCCAUACCCUCAAAUACCCAGGUUUUGCAUAGAAAGCAAGGUUUGGUACAAAGACUGCUUUUGACGAGAAAGCUUUCCGAUAGACAAGGAGGAGAUACCUCCCCGUUUUUUUGAGGCAAUUGCAGGAAAAGAAGGGACGAUCUUUGUUGCCAAUCUCUCUCCCCAAACUAGAAUGUUACAUAUCAUCAAGUUCUUCAGAGUGGUUGGUGAAAUUUUUAGUGUUCGACUUAUUGAAGACGGCGAGGGUAAGCAUGUGGGAUAUGGAUUUGUUGAGUUUGCAAAUGCUUACGAUGCAAAGAAGGCACUGGAAAAGAAGAAUGGUGAAUAUUUGGACGAUCAUAAGAUUUUUCUUGAUGGGGCUAAGUCAGCCUCAUGCCCUCCACGACCAAAGUACAGCCUUGCAGAGAAGCUUUGGUACGAAGACUACCUUCUACGAGAAAGCUUUCCAAUAAAAGAAGUUGAACAAGAAAGCCUUCCGACAGAAGCAGACGAGACACUAGAAGGACAUGAUGAAACUCCCAAUUUUUUUGAGGUACCUUCAAAUUAUGUCAGGCUCAGAAGAAACCCAUUGUGUUAAUAGCCGAAGUGUUGGCACAAGGAUGACUUAUGAUGGGGAUGAUUCUUUGGGU